CGCCGCGAUGUCCGUGAGCAGCCACGAGACGCGCAAGUCGCGCUCGAGCUCGGGCUCCAUGAACAUCCAGCUCUUCCACAAGCCGGGCCACGCCGAGAGCCUCCUCACGCAGCUGAACCUGCUGCGGCAGCGGCGCCUCUUCACGGACGUGGUGCUGCGCGCCGGCACACGCGCCUUCCCGUGCCACCGCGCCGUGCUCGCCGCCUGCAGCCGCUACUUCGACGCCAUGUUCGGCGGCGGCCUCAAGGAGAGCCGGGACGCCGAGGUGAACUUCCACGACUCGCUGCACCCCGAGGUGCUGGAGCUGCUGCUCGACUACGCCUACUCGGCGCGCCUGCUCAUCAACGAGGAGAACGCCGAGUCGCUGCUUGAGGCCGGCGACAUGCUGCAGUUCCAGGACGUGCGCGACGCCGCCGCCGACUUCCUGGAGAAGAACCUCUACCCGGGCAACUGCUUGAACAUGCUGCUGCUGUCGGACGCGCACUGCUGCCAGCGGCUGCUGGAGCUCUCCUGGAGGAUGGCGCUGGCCAACUUCGCCUCCCUCUGCAAGAGCGAAGACUUCCUGAGGCUGCCCAAGGCCAAGCUGCUGGAGCUGGUGCGGAGCGAAGAGCUGGAGGUGGAGGACGAGACCCUGGUGUACGAAGCCGUCAUGGGCUGGAUCCGCUACGACCUGCCGCGGCGCCACGAGGAGCUGCCGGAGCUGCUGCGCUCCGUGCGCCUGGCCCUGCUGCCCGAGUCCUACCUGCGGAAGCGGGUGGCCUGCGAGGAGCUGGUGACGAGCCACAAGCUCGGCCAGGAGAUCGUGGCUGACGCCGUGCGCUGCAAGAUGCGGAUCCUGCAGAACGACGGGCUCGUCACGGGCUGCUGCGCCCGGCCCCGCAAGGUGAGCCAGGCCCUGCUGCUGCUCGGCGGCCAGACCUUCAUGUGCGACAAGAUCUACGUGCUGGACCGCCAGACGAGCGCCAUCAUCCCCCGCGCCGACAUCCCGAGCCCUCGCAAGGAGUGCAGCGCCUGCGCCGUGGGCUGCAAAGUCUACAUCACGGGCGGCAAGGGCGCCGAGAACGGCGCCUCCAGAGACGUCUGGGUUUACGACACCCUCCACGACGAGUGGGCAAAGGCCGCUCCGAUGCUCGUGGCCCGUUUCGGCCACGGCUCCGCCGAGCUGGACCACUGCCUCUACGUGGUGGGCGGCCACACGGCAGCCAGCGGCGCCUUCCCCGCCUCGCCCUCUGUCUCCCUCAAGCAAGUCGAACACUACGACCCGCAGCUGGACAAAUGGACCCUGGUGGCCCCGCUGCGGGAGGGCGUCAGCAACGCGGCCGUCGUGGGCGCCGGGACGAAGCUCUUCGUUUUUGGCGGCACCAGCGCCAACCGGGAGAAGCUGCCCAAGGUGCAGUGCUUCGACCCGCGCCAGAACCGCUGGACGGUGCCCGCCAGCUGCCCCCGGCCCUGGCGCUACACGGCCGCCGCCGUCGUGGGCAGCCACGUGCUCGUCCUUGGCGGCGACACCGAGUUCUCGGCCAGCUCCGCGUACCGCUUCCACAGCGACAGCUUCCAGUGGUCCAAGCUGGGCGACGUGAGCGCCAAGCGCAUCAGCUGCCGGGCCGUGGCCUCGGGCAACAGGCUCUACGUGGUGGGCGGCUACUGCGGCGCCCGGCGCUGCAAGACGCUCGACUGCUACGACCCGGCCUCCGAGACCUGGAGCAGCGUCACCACGGUGCCCUAUUCCCUCAUCCCCACGGCCUUUGUCAGCACCUGGAAGUACUUGUCCGCUUGAGCAGGGUUCACAGCCCGUUUUGCCAGGGUGUCACUUCACCAGGGAUCCAGACUGAAGACCGGGCAGCAGGAGAGGCUCCCGUCUACCUAGCGAGCCCUUGAACUUCCACGCCUGGACACCACCCCUUGCAGGGAUCCGAUCUGCAGGGAUCCGAUCCGCAGGGUUUGAACUGCUUUGAAACGUGGAGCAGGGAGAGACCGGAGAGCCCCCCACGGACUAGCAGCUUGUGCUGCCCCCUGAGCUGACAGGAGGUCUCCAAGUUUUCCAUUAACUCCCGUGAUCUCCGAGCGGGAGUUAGAGGAAUAUUUUUUAUUCCUUACGUUUAUUUUAUUUUCGCUUUGAAUGAUGUUUACUAGAAACAAGAACGGAAGCUCCAGUCCCUGUGACUUGGAAUGCACUCAGCACCAGAGGCAGUUGCCCCAAGUGUCUUAACACUCGCCACUUACUUGCCCGCGGGCCAGCUCUGUGUAUUUUUUAUACAGCACUGAUGUGUGUGUUUAUUGCCCAGCCUGGUGCUGCUUCAAUAAAUCUGAACCCAG